AGGAUCCAGCGGCCAGGCUCGCGGAGCAGGUGCGGGCCCUCGUAUGCGGCUGCCGGGGCCGCGGUGGUAGCGGCGCGGGGCGCUCGCCCGCCCCUUCUCCGGGCCACUCUCGGGCUCCGGCACGCGAGGACAUGUCGGUGGUGACUGGCGGCGGCGAGGCGGCCGGCGGGGCCGGCGGCGGCGGCGCGCGCGUCUUCUUCCAGAGUCCCCGCGGUGGCACAGGCGGCAGCCCGGGAUCCAGCAGCGGCUCGGGGUCCUCAAGGGAGGAUUCGGCGCCGGUGGCCACGGUGGCCGCUGCCGGGCAGGUGCAACAGCAGCAGCGACGCCACCAGCAGGGCAAAGUGACAGUGAAAUACGACCGCAAGGAGCUUCGGAAACGAUUGGUGCUGGAGGAAUGGAUCGUGGAGCAGCUGGGUCAGCUGUAUGGCUGCGAGGAAGAAGAAAUGCCAGACGUUGAAAUCGACAUUGAUGAUCUUCUUGAUGCUGACAGCGAGGAAGAACGAGCUUCGAAACUACAGGAAGCUCUCGUAGACUGCUAUAAACCAACAGAGGAAUUUAUCAGAGAGCUGCUCUCCCGGAUAAGAGGCAUGAGGAAGCUGAGCCCUCCGCAGAAGAAGAGCGUAUAAUUUUGGAACAGGGUAGAAUUCUCUUGGAGAUGAAGAAAGUGACCUGGGAUUUGGACUUCAUGAAUACUUUUAUGAAAUAACCAUAGUUGUCUUUUACAAACAACAUUUUUUGGUGUGUGUGUAUGGGGGGUUAGACAUUUAUUCAAAAGUGUUCCUUCUUUUGUCAUUUUUAAAGAGUUUUCGUUACUGUAAUAUUUUAAUGGCAAAGCUAUCACAACUUGGACUGUAGCCCAAGCAAGGACUGUCAAAACAGAUGUAUCCUCAAGGAUGGGUGAGGCCAGUCAGUGUUUUCUGUAAGGACUCAGCCGAAAUUAGGAUCUUACUGUACAGGGAAGAUGGCUUUCUAUGGUGAGUUUGGUAAGACAUCUUUUAAGUUAUACAUUUGACUAAGAUGUCAAAAAUAUCUCAUGCUUGUAUAUAUCUACAAACACUAAGUUAAAAAUAGAAAUGUGAGCUUUAUCUCAUGUUGAUGGAACAAACCUGUGCUUGUCGUGUUCGAAGAGGUCACAGAACAUGUGUUUUCAAGAUGCCUCCAGGCAUUCUUCAUACAAAUGUGGUCCACCUCCAGUAUCCACUUUCUGCGCCAAAGUGAAAGAAUUAGGUGUGUCCAUUAUUCCAAUGAGCCAUACGAUACACAUGCUGAGUUGGUCAAGGGCUUAAUUUAUGGACUUUCUUUAUUUCAUUGGUUGAGAUGCUUCGCCAGGUCAUGUUCUUAUUGCCUCAUUGUGGUCUUUUAAAGUUUUAUGAACUCUUAAUUUCAAGAACCAACCUGAUUUCUAAAGAAAUGCCCACACUUCCUGAGGAGAGUUUUGCAACAGAGAAAGGACGCCCUGUGUAGCAGCGGAUUCUCUGCUUUCCACACAAUACUAUGUAUUAUCUCUGUCCAUGAAAGCAGGUCAAAGGGAAACCAGCAGAUUGAGCCUCUUCCUUCUUAAAGGUUAGAUUCUGGCCCUUUCUGUGCCUGGGUACCCUCAGUCUAGAGGUGUAAACUGAGUUUUGAGAAAAUGUAGAGAUGGGAAGGCCCCUCACAACUCUUGUUGGUUUAGAUGUGUGGCUUCAUCUCUGGUUUUUCUCAGUGGUUCAUGGUCCUAACUGUGACCUUGAUGUCCAUGGUGGGAGCUAGGCUUUAGUGCCUACCCUAACCCCUCAGUGAUAUACCAGCUCUUUAGAAAAGAAUUAAAAUUCAUAUGGGAUGUAGGCAGGGUGAAAAGUAAGUGGAAACCCUUCCUUCCUUCCAGGAAGCCCCUGCUGCCUCCCCCUGGAAACCCUGCCUGCUGUAAGAAGUCUCCAGGUGGCCCUGUCUGAAGACAGGGACCAGGCAUUUUAUAUCAAGGGUGCUUUGAACAUAUUUUAUUUUUUAAAAGAACUAUGUUUGUGAAUUUUCCGUAUACUGGCAAGCUUUUGAAAAUGUAUUUAAUUUUGUAAUGUUUACCAAUGGUUUAUUUACAAGCUAUUUACUCAAAUAAAGGGAGCUGCUUACAAGCUU